AUGCCGAUCUCAGCACGGCAGUCGCUGUGGGGGACGGUCACGGAAGAGAGGCGGUGGUGCACGCCCCAUCUGUGCAGGAAAGACCUGGUGUCCGCUGAUGUGAACGCAGGACCCUCGUUAGAGAUAAUACAAACUAAGAUGAACCCCCUGAGCUGCAAUGAGAACGAUGGCGACCCCCUGGAUCGCGACUCCCAGUACGGCGGGGGCCAGAAGACCAAGCGCAUGCGGACGUCCUUCAAGCACCACCAGCUGAGGACCAUGAAGUCCUACUUUGCCAUCAACCACAACCCCGACGCCAAGGACCUCAAGCAGCUCGCACAGAAGACCGGCCUCACCAAACGAGUUCUGCAGGUGUGGUUCCAGAACGCUCGUGCCAAGUUCCGACGGAACCUCCUCCGCCAGGAAGGGGGCGGCGGCAGCGGUCUGGAUAAGGGGGGCUGUGAGGGCUCGUUACUGCAGGCCGGCACCCCCUCCGGCCCGGCCUCCGAGCUCUCCAACGGCUCCCUAAGCCCCUCCAUCACCCCCACCACCACCAACACCACCACCCUCACGGACCUCACUAACCCCACGCUGCCCCCCUCCUCGGCCCUCACGGACCUGUCCAACCCCUCCCUGCCCCUGGCCUCCAUGCUCUCCUCCUCCGGGGGGAUGGACGCACACGAGUGCCGCAGCCCGCCACACAGCACCCUCACCAGCCUCUUCUGA